CCGGGUCUCAGACCCUCUCAGCCAGCUACCGAUGGUUGGACCUUGACAAGACCCUGCCUUAAACGUUCUUGCCUGCGAUUGGUCUGCUUUGGUGUCAGUCAGCUCAUGGGGGAAGUCAGCACAGGGGAAGAGGUGCGUGUUAUCGGAGCAGCAGACGCUGUCGCCACUAGAGAAGUGGUUCCAAUGUGCGAUGAGGGUCCGCGGUUCAGUGUCAAGGAGUACAGGUUUGCGGAAGAGCAGGACGAGCAAGAAAGAGAAGAGCCGAGGCCAGAGCUGGUGGUGCUGAUUCCUGAGGUCCUGGAUUCCCAAUAUGGCAUGUACGUUUGGCCCUGUGCUGUGGUUCUUGCUCAGUACCUAUGGUUUCACAGAAGAAUGCUACCUGGCAAGAGAAUUUUGGAGAUUGGAGCAGGCAUGAGCCUACCUGGUAUAGUAGCUGCUAAAUGUGGGGCCGAAGUGAUACUGUCAGAUACUGAAGAACUGCCUCAGUGCUUGAAGAACUGUGAGCGAAGCUGUCAGAUAAAUAACCUUCUAGGGGUACACAUUAUAGGACUUACAUGGGGCCAAAUAUCUCCCAAUCUGGUCUCUCUGCCUCAAGUAGACAUUAUUCUGGCCUCUGAUGUAUUUUUUGAACCAGAAGAUUUUGAAGAUGUUAUAACUACAGUGUACUUCUUGAUGAAAAGGAACCCAGAUGCUCAGUUCUGGACUACAUAUCAGGUCCGAAGUUCUGACUGGUCUAUUGAAGCUUUGCUGUACAAAUGGAAGUUGAAGAACAUCCACGUUCCCUUACAGUCUUUUAAUGCUGACAAGGAACAGUUGGCUACCUCUCCUCUCCCAGGAAGACACACCAUUGAAAUGAUGAUCAUCUCACUAGCAGGAGCAAGCUACACUUCAGUUUCUGCCAGCUGAUGGUUCUAAUUCAAAACGGUACCUCAGAAAACUGACUGCACUCCACUUCAAGCAACUUUUGGAUAAACAGCAUUUCCAUUUGUGUGGAGAAAUUAAUGCUACUUGAUCAAGAGGCAGGGAAAAUGUUUGCUUACCACAAAACAAUGCAUUUCCUCCACAGAUCCAUGCUACUAAAGUAAUUUAUCAUACCCCUAAAUGGCUUUAGUGUAAUUCUUGUGAAAGCAGGUAUACUAAUUAGUACAAUUUUAAGCAUAAUUAUUUCAUCUUAUCUUGCAUUGUAUGAAUAAGAUCUAUUGAAAGUAUUUAGUUAUGGACUUUCUUCUAAAGAGUUGUGUUCACACCUAGAGAAUAAAAUUAAGAGGAUUUUUA